CAGAUGGGUGAAAAUAAGCCUCGCCAAUUAAUUACUGCUGAUGGAACUUAUGCAACUCAAACAGCUAUGUUUUCGACUACGACUCAAAAUGUUGGUGACAACGAUAAACCAGCCUUUAAAAAACUGUUACUAGAUGGAAAUUUCUUUAUUGCUUCGGCUGUAGCUAACGAUUUGGCCAAAUUAGUACUUCGUUAUUCGGAAUUGAACAAAGGAGUGCCUACAACUGUUAACAAAAUUGCUGGCCAGGCACUUUUAUUAACUGCUAACAUAAUUCAUUUGGGCAAGUCUGGCCAAUGUAAACAACAAAUCACAGAAGACGAUCUUGAUCGUUUAUCUACAACUAUUCGACUAAUAGUGGAACAGUGGCCCGAGGCUGUCAAUGGAUUCCUCGAGGAAUGUCGGUUUUCAUUAGAGCAAAUGCUACAGGCAAAGGGAGAUGUUGAUCGCCACGAGAAUGCUGAAAUGAAGAAUGCUAAAAAGAAAGUGAUUCAGCCUGACAAAACAAUUAUGUUUACUCAAUUAUCUACACGUGUUUCUGAAGGCGUGACUGGGACAAACCUUUUUGAUUUAUCUUUAUCUCAAGCACUGGGAACGGCACCGAAACCCUCGAAAUUUGAUUUUGCUACCUCAAAACUUGGUAAAGUCAUCCAGCUUGCUGGCUUCUCAGAUCCAGUUUAUGCGGAGGCUUAUGUCAAUGUUAAUCAAUAUGAUAUCGUUCUUGACGUGCUAAUAGUGAAUCAGACUGCCGACACACUUCAAAACUUAUCAUUAGAGCUUUCCACUGUUGGAGAUCUUAAACUGGUUGACAAACCGUCGCCAGUAACAUUAGCACCACAUGACUUUACUAAUAUAAAAGCAACUGUAAAAGUAUCUUCAACUGAAAAUGGUGUAAUUUUCUCUACAAUUGCUUAUGAUGUGCGCGGCUCAACAUCAGAUAGAAAUUGUGUUUAUUUAGAAGAUAUCCAUAUUGACAUUAUGGAUUACAUCGUGCCAGGGACUUGUACUGACACCGAGUUUAGAAAGAUGUGGGCCGACUUUGAAUGGGAAAAUAAAGUCGGUGUUAUCACUCCAAUAAUCGAUUUACGACAAUAUUUGGAGCAUUUAUCAGCGCAAACAAACAUGAAGUUAUUAACUACGGAUGCUGCAUUAGGGUGAUUGUGGUUUCCUUGCUGCCAAUUUCUGUGCUCAUUCAAUUUUUGGAGAAGACGCGUUGGCAAAUGUAAGCAUUGAGAAAUCUGACCCAUUGGAUACUAAUAGUCCAAUCAUUGGACAUAUUCGCAUACGAGCAAAAUCGCAAGGAAUGGCGCUUUCACUUGGAGACAAGAUAAAUCACGCCCAGAAGGAGCGGAAACCAGUGGAGCGCUCAAAGGCCGUCGUUUCUUCAGC